UUAAUAACUUUCUGAUUUUUUCCCCCUGAUUUUUUUGUAGAAUCACCUGCAACUGGACACAAACAUUUCUAAGAACAUUUUCCCUAAUGCCUAUUACUCAGGCCUCUUUCUUUUUGUGGUGGGAGACUUGGUGUGAGAUAAUGAUGUGUAGUUCGAAAAAAAAAAAACAUGACAACUCUUUUUAUUGACUCAAGUUGACUCGAGUCAUGAUUCGUUUUUCUGAGUGACUCAUUCAUUUUUUGUCGUUCUUUUGAACUGCUGGCCGCAUUAACUCUAUAGCAGGAUUAAUACGUGCUUUUCCGGCUCAUCAAAUGUGCGCCGACCAACAACUGUCUGUCAUAUAUGCGUGCUGGAAAAUAUACCAUGCUGCAGGCAGCAUAGAGAAGAAAAAUACAUGUUUAGAACUGAUAACAGCCUCUGCGCAACAAACUCGAACUUGAGAACGAAUUGUUUGGGGUGCUGCAGUUGACGAACAAUAUUGUGCUUGUCACCCUCACUGCAGUCAAGCAAUGCAUUCCGCCAAGAGCCGUUCACAAUCUAGUCCGGUUGCGGCCACAACUAGACCUCGUUUCAAGUAUAUCAAUAAAUAAUAUUGUUUGUAUUCCUAGAAAUCUGGGCGUUACUGACUCAAAAUAGUCAAGAUUCGUUCUUUUGACUAUUUUUUGACUAAGAUCAUAGUCAGUAAAAAUAGCUUAGCUUCCCAUCACUAGUCUGAGGUGUGGAAGAUGACACCAGGUGUGGCUAUUAGCAUUGCUUUGAGGUCAUCCCAGUCUGGCGGUUUCCACUAGAUAGUAAAGCCACAAUGUCGAAAUUGGCUAUAUCGUAAAAAUGGGAAAUCACAUUUUAAGUAGAUAAAUUGUAGAAAUAGGUGGAACUUAUGACUUUGUGGCUGUGGUAACUGUUACAGGCUUUGGUUUUUGAGGUUGGUUCUAUUUAGUUGUGGAUGCGCACUGAUUGGAAUUAUCCUAGUUGUUCAGGAUGUGUUGCACCUGUCGCCUCGUUAGUCAGUCGUUAGUUUCAGGUGAUAUUUAAGAGCUACAGAGCCAAUGCUUCAGUGGGCAUCUCUUAUGUGAAACAAAGCCUUUUAUCAUGCCUCACCUGUUUGGUUUGUGCCACAUUUAUUUGCAUUCCCUUACCUAAGUUGGUGUGAGUUGUCUUUUCCUUUAGUUUGUUUGCUAUCAGGCAAAUCCAGUGGGUGUUUGUUUGGCCAGCACCCAGUCAGUAGGCACCCCCUUGGAUGCCUUUUAAAACCCCACCUUUUUCGUUCUGGUUGUCAGAGGCUCAUUUGUUUGUUCCCUAUUUCUAUUGAGCAGCGAUUUCAAUUUUGGGGGAAUGUAACAUAACUAGUGACAUCCAAGUCUGACCCUGAUUCCUUAUUUGCAAGCUCUAGAUGGGCAGGAUUCCUGAUUGGACAGCGCUGUCUAGCCUGGUAUCCUUGCUGUCACUGCAUCAUUCACUUUUAACUUGUCUUCCAGACCUCUCUAAGGUCUUUGUUUUUACAUAAAAUCAUUGUACACAACACUUAAGGAUUCUUCAAGAGGUCUGGGUGAUUGAUGAUUUUUAGAAGGGAGUGAUGAUGAUGGAGGGUUUAUGGUAUUGUUAUACAAUGGGUGGGUCUAAUCCUUAAUACUGAUUGGUAAAAACCGCAUUCCAGCCGGUGUCUAUUCCAAAAAUUACCACCGGCUAAAUCUAUGAUGUUAAAAUGCCUAUUUACUCUGUUCCAUCUGACUGCACAAUCCACUGUCAGUCCAGCAUAUAAACUUGAUCUCCAUUAUAAAAAGCAUCUAGACAUUAUCUCACUUUUCUUUUACUCUAACAUUUAGUUUUCAACAGCAGAGAUUUGUGUAGACCUUACAGAACAAAAAGACUGAACAACUGGAUCGCGUCUCUAGCAACCGAACCGAUAGAACAAACGACCAGCCAGCUUGGGUAGCAACCAGUGGUGGGCCGUCAGGGCCAGCAAGGCCUUCUAUGCUGGCCUAAACAUAAUCAGAAUAUAAAAAAAUGUAAAAUAUAUUUUCCCACAAAUAUGUAUUAAAUUAUUCCCCAGAGUAAGAGUUAUACUCUUCAUUUCAUAGCUUUCCUCUUGGUUGCACUGCUUCCAGCCCCAGGUUGAGAGUUGGAGGGCUGGUCUUUAUGUUAGAUCUUUUAUCCAAUCAUAUUCAGCCAUCAUGUGUUGCCAGGGGUCUAAAAUCUGCCCUCAGGCCUUCAGAAUUAACAGUGCGGGCGCUUGUAGCUGAAAGUGAAUGGAAAUGAAAAUUUAGUGUCAACCAAUCAGCUUUAGAGUUGGCUAUUGUACGCCUGCUGGCUGGCUCCAGUGUUACACAGGAGCCAGCUAGCAGGCGUAGUGCGUGCACGUCUUUUAAUUGGAUUACCAAUAUUGAGAGGCAGGUCCUAUGGGCAGGUCUAUGCAGAACCUCAGAACUAGGAAACUGAAUUUGAUAAACAAAUUAAUUUGCGUACUACUAAGCUGUUUUUUCAACCCACAAUGGCGGAAGGAGGAGAAGAUAUCGAUUUGGUCGAGGAUAUAAUUAUAACGCCAUUCUCAAGACGAACUUUUCAAGAAAAGUUAGACAUUGUAAGGAAAGGUCGCCCGACGCCGACGCUACAAAGUCUGUCACAGGCGGGAAAGGGGUUCGUUCGCCACUUUCAAAGUUCCAACUACGAGCGCUAUCAAUGGCUCACAGGCUCCGAGAAGCACUGCAAACUGUACUGCUGGGAAUGCCUAUUAUUUGCAAGUGAUCGAUUUGGUGUUUGGAGCCACACUGGCUUUGCAAACUUGAGUUGUCUAACCAAGGCAGCAACGAGACACCAAAGUACGGCUGGGCACUUACAAGCAAUGGUGCUUUUGAAAACUUUUGGGGACACCCGAGUGGAUCUACAGCUCAACGAACAAGCGCGCAGGGCAACGGAGCUGCACAAUGAAAAGGUGAAGAAAAAUAGGGAAAUAUUGAAAAGACUCAUUGAUUGUGUCAUGUUUUUGGGUAAACAGGAACUUUCAUUUAGGGGACACGAUGAAAGUGCUGACUCCACAAACAAAGGGAACUACGUGGAGCUUCUUUCUUUUCUUUCUGAAAGCAACACAGAUUUACAAUACCACCUGUCCACUAACAAAGUGUUCAUUGGGACGUCAGGCAAAAUACAAAAUGACCUAAUUUAUGCUAUUGCUGAAGUGAUGGGAGAAGAGAUCAAAAUGGAGAUUAAAAAAGCUCCCUUUGUUGCUGUUAUGGUGGACGAGACAACAGAUGAGGGAAAUGCAGCACAGCUCUCACUCGUCCUGCGUUAUGUGACGGACACAGGAGUCAAGGAGCGAUUCAUCCGAUUUGAAGAUGUGACAAGCGGCAAGCGAGCUGAUGACAUUGCCGCUAUGAUUUUCCGUUUCUUGGAGGAAAAUGAAUGUAGUGUGGAUAAAGUUGUGGCACAGUCUUUUGAUGGCGCAGCAGUCAUGGCAUCUGGACUCAAUGGGGUGCGGGCUAAAGUUAAGGAGAGGGCACCGAUGGCCUUAUUCAUUCACUGCUAUGCACAUCGACUAAAUUUAGUACUGUCUCAAGGAGCCUCAAAGCUUAAAGAAUGCAAGGUCUUCUUUGCCAACCUCAAUGGCCUUACAGCAUUUUUCUCACAAUCCCCUAAGCGCACGCAACUGCUGGAUGACAUCUGCAAGCGUCGUCUUCCUAAGGUUGCACCAACGAGGUGGCAAUAUACAUCUAGAUUGGUCAAUGCAGUCUUUGAAAAGAGAGUUGCCCUAAAGGAGCUGUUUAACCACUUACUGGAACAUCAUGAUGACUAUGACGGGGAUACUGUGCUUAUGGAUGAUGGAUUUAAUGCACGUUUGGAUGAUUUUGAGUUUUGUUUUUUGCUUGAAACAUUCAAUGGGAUUUUUAAUUAUUCGGAUGUGCUUUUUGGAAUUCUACAGAAACAAACUUUGGAUGUACAAUUCUGCCUGACAAGGGUGAACGAGUUUUGUGACACAAUUGAGCGAGAGAGGCGCAGAUUCAGUCAAAUCUACGAUGACACAGCGCGCAUCUCAAGUUCACCCAGCGAACGCAGAGGCCCAGCACAAGGAGACCCUCGCACAUACUACCAACAACUCCACAGCAAUAUUCUGGACAACCUUCUUUGCCAGAUACGAAACAGGUUUCAAGACCACGAAAAAUGUAUGUUUCUCUCCCUCCUGGACCCCCAGCACUUUCAGACCUACCGGAAAAAAUUCCUGCAAACAGCCUUCUCCAGCUUAACAGAGAGUCACGGAACACUGUUCGACCUAUCCAAGCUAAAAACAGAACUGACUGUAAUGUAUGCUAUGACUGAUUUUGAAGGGAAAAGUCCCUCUGAUCUCCUUGAUUUACUUAAGGCAUGUGUGACAGUGACUAUCCCUGUGUCCACGGCUUCUGUCGAGCGGUCAUUCUCGGCCUUAAAGCGAAUCAAAACGUAUUCCAGAAAUGCUACUGGACAGACUCGGCUUUCAGCAUUAGCCUCCAUGUCAAUAGAAAAUUACUUAUUGGUGGAACUAAAACGCACAGAUAGACUGUACAACAGAGUCAUUGAAGUCUUCUUGAGGAAAGAAAGGAGGAAGGAUUUUGUGUUCAAAUAAUCAGUCUUUGGUGAGUAGGCAUACAAUGCAUUUUAUUUUUUACUAAAUGUGUAUGUAUGUUUCGCAUUUUAUUUUGUUAAUAUUAAAUAGCCUAUAUAUUAACAAAAUAAAAUGGCAAAUAGCCUAUGUUGCAAAUUAUUUGUUUUCUUUCUUUUAUUUUCAGUGAAUAGUUAUGUGUCUUUAUCAUCACGGUGAAACUGCUUUGGGUGCGACAAUGCGCUGUUUAAUGAACACACUGUAUAUUUUGGGGGGGGGGGACUUAAAGCUCAAAGUUCGUGGACCAGAAAUGGAUAGAAGAAGAAUAUUAAUAUAACUCUGUUGCACUCGACUAUGUUCUUGCCUAUUAGUUGAACUGUACUGUAUUGUACUCUUCCCCUGCAAUUCUCUGAAUAAAAAUGUCAAUUUCAAGGUGA